CAAAUCCUUAAAGUGCCAGGUUUGCUUAGGAGGUGGUAGACGACAAUAGUAUUUUUGCGGUAAUAACGGUUUGUGUUUAUGUUUGUAAACAAUGAAUGAAGAACUUAAGGAGGAGUCUUUGCAAGAGCUUUAUGCUUGGAUCGACCAAAUCCCUCUUUCCAGACCUAAGCGGAACAUAACGAGAGACUUUAGUGAUGGAGUGAUGGCAGCAGAAGUCGUGAAGCAUUUUUACCCUAAACUUGUAGAGCUGCAUAACUACAUACCGGCAAAUUCAACUCAUCAAAAACUAUCAAACUGGGCAACCCUUAACAGGAAGGUAUUUUCCAAGUUAAACUUUCACAUUACUGAAGAAACAAUAAAAAAGAUAAUUAACUGCACAAAUGGCAUUAUUGAAUCUGUGCUUUGUGUACUGAGAGAGAGACUUGAAGAAAAGCGCACAGGAAAGUGCAUAAGUAAGAGAUAUAAUAAAGUACCUCCACAGGACUUGGAAUAUUACACCAUUUUUGAUGAAAAAGCAAUAGCAGAAACUGGGGAAAAUGUAAUCCAGAAGAAAGGCCAAUCACACCCAGAUGACUGGAAGUACCCAGAUAGAUCAUGCCAGAGUAAUAUGCCAAACAAUCAUUUGGAUCCUUCUGUCCGACUGCUAAUUGAAGAAAAAGAGCAAGCAUUGUUAGCUCUGCAGGAAACUGUUGAGAUUCUUCAGAUGAAAGUACACCGGCUAGAGCACCUGGUGCAACUGAAAGAUCUACGAAUUGAAGAUUUGACAAGGCACUUAGAAAAGUACAAAUUACGAUUAAAAUGAAAAAUGAAUAGAGUUUUGACAACUGAAUGACUAUACAUUUCAAAAAUAAUUUUACCAACCCAUGUAAUACAUUUCAGUUGAUAAAGUCUAAAAGGACUUAGUAAGAAAUAGGUUUUACUUAUAGAAACUCUUGAUUAAAAAAAAUCCAGUUUAUAGUUUAAUUUUUUAAAAAUCAUACAUAAUGGUAGAAAUUCACAUACCACUGGUAAAUAUGUCUUAUGAUCUGGUCAUCUGUUAACAGUAAGAAGAGUAACCUUGUUAUGUAACAGGUGACCCGUUUUUUUAUUUUUUAUGUUUAACGCAACCAUUUAGUUAAACUACAUUUAGACUUUUUCCUAUGGAAUGAAAACUUUUAUUUACUGACAUUUCUAUCACAGAAUGUAUAUCAGUCUUAAACAGAAAAUGUACAACUAUCUUUUAGAGUUAAAAAUUUGUUGUAUACUCAAUUUGCCACAUAUAAAUUCAUGGUUCAGUUAUCGGGUUGCUGCUGAAAACAAAUCUGGUGACUCCUGCCUCAUACAAAAAUGGCCUACCACUACUGUGUACAGAUAAUUGACAGGCCAUUUUCUGUACCUAACUGCAGACAAACCAUUGCCUUCGCCAUAUUAGUGAAUUUCUCAAGGAAACACUGCAUAUUAGAAGGUAAACAGGCUUAAGAUCAUUAGGUUUAUUUGAAGUUAUCAUUGUAGAAAAACGAAAUAUAACAGCUCUAUUAGUACCAUACUGUGUAAUGGUCUGUAUUAUUUUUAAGAAGUUAAUUCUUUACUGACAAUGUCUUAAAAAACAAUUACUUAAAAAUGACCAUUUUGCUGGAAGAAUGCCAAAUAUUGAACUUCAGUGUAACAUACUGUAUAUCGACAAAGGUGGUAGCAAAUGUUGCAAUUGCCCUAUAUGUCAAAAAUGUUAGACUUCCCCAAAAAUGAAUACCAGGAUUAGAAACUGGAGUAAUUUGGUAAAAUCAACGGCCUCGUGGGGGUGUAAAAUCAAUCACCUCCCCAAAUACACAAUAACAUUUGCCAUGUCUGAGAUAUGUGGAACAAUACUAGGUACUGUGGAAAUAAAAUGAAAUAAACUGUGAUUACAUGAUAAUGAAAAGGUAAGUUAACAGUCAUUACUGAUCAUUAUAGUCACCCUAAUUAACAUUAGAAACAGCAGCUAAAAAAAUUGUGGGGGGGGGAAUGACCGGAUACUUUACUGUAUAUUUCAACUAAUGUCUUGUGUAGGGGUUGACUGUCUUGUGGUUAACUUUAGUAUUGGUCCAGUUGGACUUCUUACAUAUUCUCGAUUCAGUCCUCUUUGCCUAAGGCAGUCUGCGAAGCUCCAUCAAUAGUAAGGAUCAAAUCUCAUCUGAAAACCUGCCUUUUCUCUUUUAUUGAUGAUCUGUUUUGUUUUCUUUUAUAACUAGCUAUGUUGGCCUGGUUGUACUCAUGCUGACCCUGCCAUUCUUCAGCAUUACAUUUUACCUUUCUUUUGACUAUAAACUGUAUGUUAUAAAGGUCUGGGCCUUGGAGGUACCAUUUGUGACAUUUUCAUUGCAUUCAGUGGGGUCGCUGUUGGUAUGCUGCUCCACACAAGUAACAAGUAAGAAAAUCAUCUAAUUUUUUUGUGAAACAAUUUUGUUCCACUGAUCAGAAAUAUUUUUAAAGUUAUGUUUUAUGUGCUGUUUCUGCUUAAGAUAGAGUUUACGUUGUCCAGGGUAGUGAAAAGU